AUGAACAGAGAUCUUUGCUGCAAUAUCCAUAAAAAUUACCCAAUAUUUCAUAUAAAUAUAUUAGAAAAUGAAAAAACAAAAUUAUAAUGUGUCAAAUGUAUAUCAUAUAAAAAAAUUGAAGCUGAAUUUUUACUUUUGCAAGAUAUCAUAGAAUUUGAUAGCAAUUGGUUUUUCGAAAAUUGGCCUCCACUUUCUAAUUAAUAGUUAAGGAAUGAUAUAAUCGACUUAAAAAAUAAUGAAACAGACUUCAAUUAAUAAAUCGAAGAAUUUUACGAAUCUCUUACUCAAGAAGUAAUUUAGAUUAUUUCUUAGAAAAAGAAACAAUAACUAAUUUAAGCCUAAAAGGUUUACGAAUUAAAGUCUGAUAUAAUUGAAUAAUAUCAAUAACUGGCAUAAAUUGAUAAAAUGAAAGAAUGUCUUGUUUAAGAAAAUCAAUAAAUUGAGAAAAUUGAAGAAGAUUUAAAAGAGCAAAUAAAUUCACAAUUAAAAAAAAAAGAAGAAUAUACCUCUCUGCUUUCUUGUAUGAUGAAAUAGUAUGAAUUAAUUAGUAAAUUGGAUGAUAUAAGGACUGCUCAGCUGAAAGAAAAUAUUUUAGAAAUUUUAAAAGUUGUUAAUCUUUUACCUUAAAAUAAUUUUAAUUCUAGCACUGAAAAAGAAGAAUUUAGAUUUGAAAAUAUCGAAUCUUACAAGAAAAAGUUAGAAGAAGAACUUUAAAUUAACAAAUAAGACCAAAUUAAAGUUUAAACUUUAAUAAAUUAGCUUAAUCUUUGUAAAAUAGAAUUAAUUUAGAAAAUGAAUCAAAAAGAUUGGUUUUUAGAUAAUUUCUUAGAAGGAUAAUAAUUUUUGUUUUAAAAUACUGAGCUCGAAUAAUUAAUAUUUAUCAAAGAUAGUUACAUGAAUCUAAAUGAAAAGAAAAAAUAAAAAGAGAAUAUUAAUUUUAAAGAUUUCAGAAGCGAAAAUAUAGGAGAUAUGUUUGAAAUAAUAAAAUAUGAAGAAUUAAAUGAGUUACCUAAUAAUUGA